UCGGUCGGUAUAUUCCAGAAGAAAACACAGACUUUAGUAUUGUGCACGUUCUCGAGUUGGUUGCUCACAAAUCUUAUCAUGCAGAAGAAGUGACCGUCGCCGGAUUUCAGAUUUGAAGCGUGCCGCGAGUACGGUUUCGAUCCUGCGCUCUUCGCUUUUUCGAGGCGUUCGAUCAGGCCACGAGACAUCCAUUUUGACAGUACGACAGCAAGAUCGUGUAGAAUACGCGCAACAGCCAUACGUCUAUUUUCGUUGGUUAUCAAGAGGCGUAUGAAUUUCACGUUACAGUUGUGCAGAAGAUAAUACAUAUACAUUUCCGUACGCUAUCUCGCACAGAGUAUCUUUAAGAGUACAGCGUGGGCGCGGCGCAUCAUGGCGGUGGAAUCAAGAUGGAUGCCAUGUCAGUUGAAAAUUGAAACGAAUAUCUGCAGCGGCGAAUACGAUGGCAUUAUUCUGGUGUCAGGAAGUACCCCUGGAUCCAACGAGCCGGAACCCUUCAAAACCGUCCUCUAUACCGCGGCCCAGAUCGAUGCUGCACUGGGCGUGAUCGGCGCGGUUUUGCCCAUCAAUUUGCUCGCAAAAAGGCUCAUUUACAGCCCAACGGGUCCGCUUAACAUGGAUUAUCACGAUGUGCGGAGUUUCGCAGAGGCAGCCACGAAGGGAAUAAAACGGGCUUUAAAAGCUGGAGUAAAAUGUCCUUUGUUGGUACUACUGCCAGAUGAUCGUUUUGAGAACGUUGAGCUAGUCACGCUUCUUGGUGCUUUGGAGGGUCUCUAUGUGCCUUUGGAAGUGCGUGAGAUAGGUCCGGAUCGAUGUUACAAAGCGUGUGAACUCGGAGUGUGGAGUCCGAUUUGCAGUAAGAAGCUUCAGGGUAUCGUGAAACUCGCCUCGGCGCUUGAGAGUGGUAGAUACGUCGCAAGGGACAUCGGUGGUGCAGACCCCGAAAGAAUGACUCCCUUGAGAGUGGAGGAAUACCUGGCGGAGCUGUUUUGCGGAUCGAGUAUCACGAUGCAAGUGAUAUCCGAUCAGGAUACGCUACUUCAGGAAUACCCACUAUUCGCUUGUGUAAAUCGUGCUGCCUCAGUAAUACCGCGUCACGCCGGUAGAAUUAUAUUUUUGACUUAUGAGCCGCCCGCUUGCGUCUUGGAAACGAUCUUGAUCGUGGGGAAAGGUGUCACUUAUGACACCGGUGGCGCCGACAUCAAGUGCCAGGGCAUCAUGGCUGGCAUGUCGAGGGACAAAUGUGGCGUGGCCGCUUGUGCCGGAUUCAUGCAGGUAGUAAAUUUAUUGCAACCACCAACAGUAAAGGUCGUCAUCGCUUUGUGCGUAGUAAGAAAUAGCGUAGGCGAGAACUCUUACGUCGCUGAUGAGGUAAUUACAGCAAAAUCCGGUGCAAGGGUACGCGUGGGCAACACGGACGCCGAGGGUAGAAUGGCUAUGGCCGAUGCUCUCUAUUAUCUCAAAGAAAUGGCCCUAUGUUCUGUGAAUCCGCAUCUCUUCACAAUAGCUACAUUAACAGGCCACGCAGUAUUAACUGCAGGUUUAGGAUAUUCCAUUGCUAUGGAUAAUGCUGUGGCACGACUAGCUAGUAAUGCGGAAAAGCUUCAAGCUUCCGGCGAAGCUGUUGGCGAUCCAUUCGAAAUAUCGCGAAUACGUAGAGAGGACUUUUUUGCUCAUCAAGGGCGUACGGAAGGUGAUGAUAUUCUUCAAGCACUAAAUCAACGAAGUUCCAAAAUUCCGCGAGGUCAUCAGGGACCAGCCGCUUUUCUAAUUAAGGCUUCCGGAUUAGACAAGCAUGGUAAUGAGUCAGAAAAGCCAUUAAAAUAUUGUCAUCUGGACAUAGCCGGCAGUGCCGGUGAUUUUCCCGUACAACCAACCGGAUCACCAAUUUUAGCAUUAACCAAAAUGUUUCUUUUUGAUAAAAUAGAGACCAAAAAUCCGUAAAAUGCUGCGAUAUUUUAUGUAUCAUACAUAUCUUUAUAGAUAUUAUAUAUCAUAUACAUAUCCUUAUAUCGUAUACCUAAAGCAAUUAAUAUUCAUGAUUGGCGCAAAGAACUUUGGAUAUUAACCGGAAAUGCAAAUAAUAAUUAAUUAUCUCUAUAAAUCCUUGAACCUCAGAGUUCAAGAAUUUAUAUAUAAGCUGUACAACACGGAUGUACUUGGAACACAAUAAAUUACAUGAUUUGUUAAUAGGCAUUUAUCUAAGACGGCAAAAUGUUAGAAGCGACAAAUUUUUGAAGAUAUCUUUUGAAUAUAAAAUAUUAAAAUAAAAAUUAAUUUAUUUUUUAUUGUAUCAUAUCAAUCAAGAUUAUCCAUUAUCUACUUCAUUCGCCUUAAUUAAGUACAAUAAACCCUUUAUAGAUGAUCGAGUUAAUACAAACGUGAGCAGACAUUAAUUGUGGAUUAAGAAGUUUUUUCAUUACUAUGACGUUUCAAAAUUCAUUUAUUCUCUCUCUCUCUCUCUCUCUCUCUCUCUCUCUCUCUCUCUCUCUCGCUUUCUCUCAUUGUCCCUGUCCUCCCUCUCUCAUUUCCCCUCUUUCUCUUCCUGACCAAUUUCGUAUUGAUUGCAGCAUGGAGUUUGUAGCUGUACCCCUUUAAAGUACACGCACAUCGAUUUACACGGACAUCUACCUCUACCUCAUUGCAUCCCGUACAGUGGCAAUCCCGUCUUAGCUAUGUCCUACUGCUAUCUGAUCCAAGGAAAAUGUCUGACACUGCGAAAUGAUCUUCCUUACGAAAUGCAAUACGUUUGCGAACUCGACUGCAAGCCCAUCUGUAUAUCGCCUUGCCCACCCUGCAAAAUUUCCUGCGAUCCCCCUUGUGGCACCCCUUGUCCACCAAUCACCGGAUGUCCCACUUAUUCAAAUACGAAGUCCUGUGAGCGUCAAGCGCAAUCCUAUCCACCUGCCUAACCUGCGUCGCUAUGUCAACCUAAUUCAGAAACGAUGUACCAGGGAGCAAUGUGUCAACCAAAUGUCCAAAGAAACGAAUUGAAUCCGCGUGUACGACAAUACGUCAAGUUACGAUAUUCAUGUGAUAUGAAGAUUUAUGAGGAUCAUUCUUGUAUGGCGAAUCGUUAAUCUUGCCAUCGAUUGAAGUCUGUUUUUACUACUUUUAUUCAAUUUACUUUAUAGUUCUAUGUUUAUUGGACAUAAUGUAUACAUUUGUGAGAAUAAAAAAUAUAUUACGCAUAAAAA